AUGAAGCGCGCUCUUUAUACUGUUGUCGCUGUCUUCCUACAUUUUACUUCUUCAACAAUAAUUUCCAAGGAUAAAACGCCUACUGUUGACUUGGAUUAUGCGGUCCACCAGGGCCAACUCAAUACUUCCUACAAUUAUUACAGCUUCAGAAACAUUCGUUAUGCUGAGCCACCCGUUGGAGAGCUGCGAUGGAAACCACCCGUCCCUCCACAGUCAAAAAACCGCACAGUAAAUGACGGUCGCGACUCUCCGAUAUGUCCUCAGUCGUACCCAGGCUGGGGUUUGAUCCCUGUUGCCGAAGCUGAAGGAAUUUCGGCCGAAGAGUUGUCUGAGAUGCUAAUGAGCGACCCUCGCAUGAAUGAGGAUUGCCUGUUCCUCGAUGUCCACGUCCCAGAAAACGUCUUUAGAAACAAAAACUCCAAGAAAAAGGGCGUCGCCGUUAUGGCCUGGAUUCAUGGAGGCGGUUACGAUCUCGGAUACAAACACGACGAGCAAUUCGACCCUGCUGGUCUGAUAACCCGAUCACAGAUCAACAAUCAAGAAGGCAUCAUCUUUGUGUCUCUAAAUUACAGACUUGGCAUGUUUGGGUUCCUCCCCGGUGUUGGAGACAGCAUUACCCGAAACGUCGGCUUCUUGGAUCAGAGACUAGCGCUUGAUUGGAUUCAGAAACACAUUCGCGCUUUUGGCGGUGAUCCACACCGCGUUACUAUCAUCGGGUCAUCUGCAGGCGCCGGCAGCGUCAUGCACCAGAUCACGGCAUUUGGCGGAGAAGGCAAGGUUCCCUUUUCAAGUGCCAUAGCCCAGAGCCCUUCGGUCAGGGCUACUAUUAACGACACAGAGGUAUGGGAAAAGACCAUACAGGCUGCAUCAACCGUUCUCGGCGAGGAAAUCGAGACUGCGGAGCAACUUCGUCAGCUGAACUCGUCUGUGUUGAUGAACGUUAACCAAGCGGUUGUUUUCAAUGGGAGCUACGGCUUGUUCACCUAUGGCCCGACUGUCGACGGCACAUUUGUGCCAGACAUUCCCAGUGUGUUGCUCUUAAAUGGACGGUUCCAUGAUGAUGUCAAAGUCAUGGUAGGCCACAACAAAAACGAGUCCGGAGACUUUAUACCCUACUUAACCACAAACGAUGAGCUUGUUUCUUUGCUCAGGAAUAGCUAUCCGGUAUCGGAAUCUGCAGAAGAAACCAUUUUGACCAAGCUAUACCCUGAUGAAUUGAAUGGCAGCCAUGGAUACACCAGCCAACAUGACCGGGCCAAACUACUUGUGGACGAACUGGUAUACACGUGUAACACCCGUUUCCUCGGCACAGCUUUCCAAAAUCAGACAUACAACUACCGAUUCGAAUAUCCACCUGGCAUGCACGGUCAAGAACUCCCCUGGACUUUCUUCGUGGAGGAGGAUGAGACUGUAGAGCCUGGACUUGCAAGGGUCAUGCAGCGGUACUUCACCAACUUUGCUAUGACUGGGAAUCCUAACGGGAAAGGUGGAAUUUGUGAAUUGCCUGACUGGCCAGUCUAUGGGGAUGAGGCGAAGCUAGCUACUUUUGGUACUGAUGGAGUUGGUAUUGGCCCGGACAAGACAGUGAAUGAAAGGUGCGAGUACUGGCAAAAGGGGGAAUACAGGCGUUUGGUGUAG